AUUAAAUUCUAUCUGUAUAGAUAACUGGUAUGUUUUCUGUUGCCCAGCUAGGGCCUGUCUGGAUAGUCCAGGAAACAAAUCCCUGAAGGUGAGACGUGUAGAUCGAUUUGGGUUUGAGUGCAGGUCUGAGCUCCUCACCAGCGGGAAGCAGGAUGCUGGUGACCCAGGGUGCGCCCUGGCCCCGUGACAGGUCUCGCUGUCCCUAUGGUUGCGGGCUCAAGUGGCUGCUGCGCUUGUUAGGCAGUCCUGACGACGGUCCGGGCCGCGCUGUGGGAUGGAUGCUUCCCGGCGCCCUGGAGCACUUACAGAGAGUUUACAAGCCUCGAUCUUUAAACUAUCAGCUUAAGUCAUGGUCAGAGAACCAGGGAGGAUUCAUGACAGCGCUAAAGAAAUCUCUUAUUCUGUAGUCAGAGGACUGAGGUAGCUGAAAAUCGAACAUAUUUUUGUGUGCUUGCAGAACUGCAGCAUCAGUUGACUUCACAGCCUCUUCAAGUCUCUCCCGUGAAAGGGCAUUGAUUGAGAAAGAAACUAGGGGUGGGGGUAUCUGUUUGGACUCAGAGGAAGCUGAGAAACAAAUUUCCUAGUUCCUCUGAGCCUCCCUUGCCUGUGGGAAACAGUUUGCCUCUCUGAGGAAACUUUUUUUUUAAUUGAUGUAGUGUUGAUUUACAAUAUUAUAUUAGUUUUAAGAGUACAGCAUAGUGACUCAAAUAUUUUUAUAGAUUAUACUUCAUGUAAAGUUACAAAAUAUUGGCUAUCUUCCCUGUGCUGUUCAGGACAUCAUUGUAGCUUAUUUAUUUUAUACACAGUAGUUUGUACCUCUUAAUCCCCUACUCCUAUUUUACCCCCCUGCCCUUCUCCCCACUGGUAACCACUAGUUUGUUCUCUAUAUCUGGGAGUCUGUCUGGUUAUCUUCACUGAUUUAUUUUUUAGAUUCCACAUAUAAGUGAUACUGUACAGUAUUUGUCUUUCUCUGGCUUAUUUUACUCAUACCCUUUAGGUCCAUUCAUGUUGUUGCAAAUAGCAGAAUUUCAUUUUUAUAGCUGAGUAAUAUUUCAUUGUACAUAUAUACCACAUCUUUUUUUAUCCAUUUAUCUGUUGAUGGACACUUAGGUUGCUUCCAUAUCUCAGCAAUUAUAAACAAUGCUGCUAUGAACAUUACGGUACAUGUAUAUUUUUGAAUUAGUGUUUUUGGUCUUUUUUUUUUUUUUUUUCCUCCAGAUAUAUACCUAGGAGUGGAAUUGCUGGAUUAUAUGGUAGGAAUUUUUUAGGUUUUUUUUCAGGAAACUUCAUACUGUUUUUCAUUGUGGCUGCAUCAAUUUACAUUCCCACCAACAGUGUACAAGGGUUCCCUUUUCUUCACAUCCUCACUAACACCUGCUAUUUGUAGACUUUUUGAUGAUAGCUAUUCUAACAGGCGUGAGGUGAUAUCUCACUGUGGUUUUGAUUUGCGUUUCUCUGAUGAUUAGUAAUGUUGAGCAUCUUUUCAUAUGCCUGUUAGCCCUCUGCAUGUUCUUUGGGAAAAAAGCCUAUCCAGGUGUUCUGCCCACGUUUUAGUCAAUUUGUGGGAAUCCGAAGACUUAGGGAGAUAGGUGUGUCAGAGCAGAUAUAUCUUGUGUGACCUACAUACCACCCCUCAGUUUCUCCAACUCCAUACCCUGAGAGAGCCAGCUUAAAACAACAUUAAUAUAUAUCAUGGUUUCUGAGGGUCAGGAAUGGUUUAGCAGGGUGGUUCUGGCUCAGGGUCUCUCACAAGACUGCAAUCAAGAUGUUGGCUGAGGCUGUGUUAUGUAAAGGCUGGUCUGGGGCUGAAGGGUCUGUUUCCAAGAUGGCUCACUCCCAUGGCUCUUGGCAGGGGGCCUCAGUUUCUCACCACAGGAACCUCUCCAGAGCAGUUUGAGUAUCUUCCCAUCAUGGCAGCUGGCUUCCUCUAGAGUAAGUGACCCCAGGGAAAAAGUGAGGCAGAAAAGCCACAAUGUCAUGCCCAGCCUUGGAAGCGAGGCUGUAUUCUAUUGCCCACAUAGACCAACCACGACACAGUGUUGGAGGGGACUGCACACGGGCAAGAAUACCAGAGGCAGGAGUCACCGUCCCCUUCUUGAAAGCUGGCUGUCACAGCAACUUUGCCUUCCACCAACCAACUUUGCCACCCUCCUUCUCCACAGAUGCUCUUGUCAGGCUUCUGUCGGCCAGGCUCAGGGAGCCAAGCCAGUUUGCGGUUGGUUUAUAAGUCUUGGGAAUAUGUUGAGGUGAUGGGCUGAGAACUGUGUGAAGGGUUUCAGUCAGAGAAAUUAAUACUGGGCAUUUUUUCCCAACAUUGAAGAUUAUAGUGGGACCAUGGACCUGUUUGGAGACAUAGAUGACAUUUCUUCUGAGAGUGAUGGGGGCAAUCAACCACCCAUUCCAGGACAGCCUGUUGAUGGACGUGGAGUGCCGCAGGACCAGCAGGAGGAAGAGCCGAUUUCUGAAACCAAAAUAGAAGUAGAAAUUCCCAAUAUCUACUCUGAUUUAGGAAAUGAAUUGUACUUUGUUAAACUGCCCAGAUUUCUCAGCAUAGAACCCAAGCCUUUUGAUCCUCAGUAUUAUGAAGAUGAAUUUGAAGAUGAGAAAAUGCUUGACGAGGAAGACAGAACCAGGAUAAAAUUAAAGGUGGAAAAUACUUUACGAUGGAGGAUACGCCGGGACAAAGAAGGAAAUAAAAUUAAAGAAAGCAAUACUCGGAUAGUCAAGUGGUCAGAUGGGAGCCUGUCCCUGCACUUAGGCAAUGAGGUGUUUGAUGUCUACAAAGCCCCGCUGCUGGGCAAUUACAACCACCUGUUCGUUCGCGAAGACACGGGUCUGCGGGGACAAGCCGUCUUCAAAUCCAAACUCACCUUUAGACCUCACUCUACAGACUAUGCCACACAUAAAAAGAUGACCCUGCCACUUGCUAAUAGAUGCUCGGGGAUACAGAAGAUUAGAAUCUUACCAAUGGCUGGUCGUGAUCCUGAAUGCCAACGCAUAGAGAUGAUUAAGAAAGAAGAAGAACGUUUGAGGGCUUCUGCUCACCAGGAGACAAUGUAUUUGCGGGAGAAGCAGAACCAGCAGGGGCCGAGCCCCCCCUGCCAGGACCACAGCAGUGAUGAGAGGGAGGAGGAGGUUGAGAUGCCAUCAGAAGCCAUUCCCGAGGGGCAUGCCAAGCAGGUGGACCCUCCAGAAAGAGGAAAGCAGGGCAUGAAGAGGAAGAGGAUGACUGAAGCAUAAAACGUGCGCUCACUGUAAAUAUGGUAAAGACAGUGAUGAAAUGUUUUGAUUCAAAUGAGGACUUGAGUUGCUUUUGCAUAAUCCUAGUUGUGAUUAAAAAAACAUUCAUAAGUAAGUUUGUGAUUUUAGAAAAUCCACUUUUCUCAAAUAGAAGCUUAUUUUGAUGACUGUUUGCUCUGGGUCUUGGGUGUCAUGCAUCCUUGCUGCUCUGCCUCACCCCGUCCCCCUGGCCCAGUCCAGAGAUGGGUUAAGUUCAGCUCGGGCGUUGCCUCCUCCAGUGUCCUCCCUGGCUGCCCAGCAGGGUUCGGGGCCCUGCGUGCUGCGUUGGCAGGACACUAACUUUCCACUGACCCCACCGUCCUGUGACCUUGUCAGCACAGGACAGCACGGGAGGGCUCACUGAAGACUCAGGGCUUUGCCAAGUGCUGUACAGCCUUACCAAGUCUAAUCCUCAGAACAACUUGACAGGCGGGUGCUGUUCUCAUUUUACAGAUGUGAACUUCAAGGGGAAUUUCUUUAUUCCUCAAGUUUCAGAAAUGAAUUAUCUAAUGUUUACCCCUAAAAGUUUCCUCAAGCCCAUUACACAUUUCACUGACUUUCUCUUUUGGCUGAUGGAUACAGGUGACUGGUAAGAGAUGCCUUUGUUUUACUGCAAAAAUAACCUCUAUUAGCAGGAUUGGCUCCCAGCAGGUCCAGGCUGCACUGUAUCCUAGGACCCUGUUUUCUUCACAUUUGUCAACUCAAUUCAAUUUUACAGACAGACCAGACCAAGUACUGAUGGUAUGAUAUUGAACCAUAUGAACUUACUGCUUUUGUGGGUAUAAAUAGUCAAGUACUGACUGUUUUAUAUGGUUUAACUUAAUAGUGUGGGAUAGGACAACUCAGGGAAAUCAGUAAGCUUGUUCCUAAGAGGUGUGCAACGGCUGAACUUUAGAAUGUAGUUUCCAAAAAGUCCAAGUCUAUAGGGUAUUUGAUAAACUUUAUUGAAAUUUAUUCCAAUACCAAGUGGUAAAUUCUAAAUGCCUAUAGUCCAUAUUUUUCAAAAGAAACUUCACUGUACUAUA